UAUGUUUUCUUUUUGUUGAAGCGCCUAGCCGUUGCUUCAUAGCAACCUUUCCAACGGCCUAUUUAGGCUCGUAAUUUUAAGGAAGCAUAUUAAUGCACGUUAUGUCGUCACUUGCUUUUCAUCAUUUGCUCUGUUAACACCAAAAUUAUAUCUCUCCGUUGUUUGAGUAUUUCUACAGUUCUUUUAUUCCUGCAAGACCUCAUAUUCCUCUACAUGGUCCUUCGAGCCGGAUAUAUGAAGAUCAGCGGUUAAAAUUGAAGAAAGGAAUAAUUAAGGAUCGUCAAUUAGCCGGCGUGACUUGCAGGUUUUUUGCGGGACAAUUAAUUGGACUGAACUCAAGCAAUUUAAUUGCGGUGUAUUGCAUUUAUUCUAUUAAUAUCAUCACCCAACACUCAGGUAAUAUAAAUAAAACUAAAUCGUUAAGAAAUAUCACAGGUUGAAUACACUUGUCUCCCAGUAUGUCCGAGGAAAGGGAAUUAGUUAAGAAGCGAGGAAGCUUUAAAGGUCGAUUGACUGCUUUCGUUACCUUUCUGGAUUCACUCAAGGACAGAACCCUAACCAAUUGUGACAUGGCUGAGCUGCAGUUGCGCAUAGGCAAGAUGGAGUCGUUGUAUGAGCAGUAUGAUGAGGUACAGUUACGUCUGGAAUGCCUUGUCGAGGACAUUAAAUUACAAUUUUCCGAACGUUCUGAUUUUGAGUCUCUUUAUUAUAAAUCCUUGUCCAGGGCACAGAAUAUUAUCAGUGACUAUAAUAAAGAUAAUGAGUCGAUGGAAAAUUGUAAAGGGUAGUCACACUAAUGUGCAUAAGCCAGUUAAGUUGCCAACAAUCCAGUUACCUAAGUUCAGCGGUUUAUAUACGAAUUGGCUAGAAUUCCGUGACACCUUUAGUAGUCUCGUUCAUUGCAAUGAUAGCAUUGACGAAAUUAAUAAAUUUCACUACUUGAGAGCAUCUCUUGAAGGGUCAGCUGCGGUAGUUAUCAAUUCUAUUGAGUUUUCUUCGAGUAAUUAUUCUGUGGCAUGGCAGUUGUUAUGUGAUCGGUUUGAUAACAAAAGAUUACUCAUACAAAAUCAUGUGUCUGCUUUAUUUAAUAUUGAAAGCAUCAUAAAGGAGUCUUCUGUUGCAUUAAAAACUCUAAUUGACUUAAUAAAUAAAGACUUGCGAGCAUUAGAGUCGUUAGGUGAGCCUGUUAAGCAGUGGGACACGUUAUUGAUUUAUAUUAUGACUCGCAAGCUUGAUCAAAAGACCUAUCGCGAGUGGGAAGAGUGCAAAGGUAGGAUAGAUAAGGACAGCCCUAUAACGUUUGAAGAUUUCAUAAAAUUCCUGCGUAAUCGAGCUGACCUUAUUGAGACCUUAGAAUUAUCACGCAAUAAUUGUUCCCAAACAUCUAAUAAAUCAUGUCCUAAGAUAAAAUCCAUGGUAGCUACACAGUCUCUUAAUCACAGUGUAAAUAACAACGAAAUGUCUCGCAAAGUGUGUCCUAAUUGUAACAAUGAUCAUUCGUUAAAUAAUUGUCCACAGUUUCUCGCACUCAGCAAUGACGCUCGAUUCAAACUACUGCCCACCUUUAAGAUUUGUUUUAACUGCUUUCGGUCCGGUCAUUAUGCCAAUAAAUGUAAAAAACCAGGUUGUAAACUAUGCAAGCGCAGGCAUAAUACACUAGUUCACACCGAUAAUAAAUGCACUGAGGUGAAUACAGUUAACGGUAAUUUAAAUAACUCGUCACCAUCUUCAUCUGUACCGUCUGCUUCCACGGACACGAGUAACGUAGCAUUGUCAGCAAACAUUGCAUCAUCCCAUGAUCAUAAGCAGCGUGAUGUGUUGUUGUCCACUGCACAGGUCAAACUGCGGGACCACAAUGCGACACGUCCUAAGUAUAAGUAAGUAACUGAAAAAGUUAAAUUUUACAGGAGAGCGAAUUUAAGAUUGCAAAAAUUAUAAAUUGUCAUAUCUUUGUCAUUUUAAGGAUUUAUGGUUUGAAAUUUGGUAACUGAGUUUAAAAUUAAGUACAGUUUAUGUUUACAAGGAAAUUUUGUUUGUAAAGGUUUAUGGUUUUGUUUUAUAACACAUAGAUAAUUUUACUCCGGUCUUAGAAUGUAUCAAAAUACUCUAACUGCCACAUCCACACUUUUUCAAUGGAAUAUUUAUCGAAUAUUUUACGCGAUAUCCAUGGAAUAAGUAGUUAAGUGCCUAGAUACAUUUUACAAUUAAAAUUGAAUCCAGUGUAUAAAUGUGUAACUACGUAGAUACACACUUAUGCACCGGGAAUGGCUAAAAUUCCAUAAUAAUUAUCAUUAGGACUAACCUUGUCUAGGUGACGAAUAAAUCUCAUUUGGUGGUGACAUGGUGAGAUUCUGUCGCCUUUUAAUUGCAUUUUGCUUUAACGAUACUAAGAAUUUAUAGCGUUCACUAUAUUAAUAAAAUAUAACGCACCGCUCGCGCGUGCCGCUCGCUGUUACCGCGAAGAACUGAGCGAGCGGCAGAUGCCCGCACCCCGCGUCUCGAUCCCCCCGCGUACUACUAUUUAACUGGAACUUCCAUAUUUGUACGUUGUAUUUAUUUCCUAGCUAAUUCAGAUAAAUACUUAUGCGUCUGAAAAAAACCAUGUUCGGCUGUUACAAUUUUUUUGAUAUUUUUUUAUUGGAUAGAUACAGGUACGUUGAAGCUAAAAAUGCAAUAAAAACCAUUUCGUGUAUCUGGCAGAUACAUACUUAUACUUAGCGGGUGUCGAAUUGUGUAGUGCACGUCGCUCGCGCGGUUCUCGAUAGCGGCAGCACAUCGUCAUUCAUCACAGACCGGUUAUGCAGACAAUUGAAGUUGGCAACAACGCAAGUGAACGAAUGUAUACUUGGUAUAAAUAAUGUUACGUCACACGCAGGUAAAUUGAGUCGUGUAAGGAUGACAUCGAUGGACGAUAGUAUUACUUUCGACCUUAAUUGUUUUGUUUUGCCAUACAUUACAAGUAAUGUUCCGUGCCGCGAAGUUAAUUACUCGACAUUAAAUAUUCCGCUAAAUAUAACUUUAGCAGAUCCUACGUUUUGCAAGCCCGCUGAGGUAGAUAUUCUCAUCGGUGCUGAUCUCUUUUGGGAUUUGUUAGGAUCACAAAGUAUAAGGCUAGGUACCGGAAAACCAGUUUUGUAUGAAACUAGUUUAGGGUGGAUAGUUUCCGGUCCAAUUAGUCAGAAUUCUAUUUCAUUAUUAUGUAGUGAUUUAAAAUGUAAUUUUUCUAAAACUGUUUCUGACAAUAAUACUGACUUGGAAAACAUUAGAUCAGAUUUUACGACUGGAUCGGUUUGAGUAGCCGACUCAAGUCAAAUGUUCAGAGACGUUACCGGAGACUCGACCUAAUAUAUCGUUAAAUGCAGUAAUAUUAGAAUGUAAAGGUGAUUAUUGAAUUUAACCGGUUUUCCAAUUAUUCUCGGCUUAUACGCUCUGUAGCUUAUGCGUUAAGAUUUAUCAAGUCAUGUCAGAAGCAGUAUCCUAAAACUAAUUAUUUGACACAGGAUGAGUUGGAAGAUGCACUCACUGUUGUCAUUCGUAGGUACGAAUCAUUUCCCGAGUAUAAACUACUUUUAAAUAAAAGAAACUUACCUCAGAAGAGCGUCCUUUUAAAAUUUAAUGUUUAUUUAGAUGACAAAAAUAUAAUGCGAGCAGGAGGACGUCUCGAUAAUUCUGAAUUUUUAUAUAAUAAAAAACAUCCUUGUUUAUUACAGUCCACUCAUCAAUUUACUAAAUUAUUAUUUUAUUUUGAGCAUAAAAGGCUUAUGCACGCUGGCCCACAAUUAUUAUUAGCAUCGAUUAGGGAAUCUUAUUGGCCGAUAGGGGGCCGCAACUUGGCGAAGGCUUGUUAUCAUAAGUGCGUUCUGUGUCGGCGCAUGAAGGGUAAGGUGGUCGCACCUAUUAUGGGUAACUUACCGCAAGAACGGCUUCGUCCAGGUUAUCCCUUCGAGAGUACGGGCGUUGAUUACGCCGGCCCUAUCUUGUGUGCCAGUCGUCAAGGCCGUGGAUGCAAGCUGGUAAAGGUGUACAUUGCCAUUUUUAUAUGUUUUACUACUAAAGCCAUUCAUUUGGAACUUGUUGGUGACUUAACUGGUAAAAGUUACUUACUGGCUUUGCAUCGAUUUAUUGCUCGUAGAGGAAAACCCGUUGAUAUCUUUUCCGACAACGGUACCUCAUUUGUCAGUGCAUACAACGAACUAUCCAAGUUUUUAAAAUCGACUAGUUCGUCAUUGAGUGAGGAUGCAGCGAAAGAUGGAAUCAGAUUCCAUUUUAUACCCGCGUAUACCCCACAUUUCGGAGGACUCUGGGAGGCAGGUGUAAAGUCAACAAAGUACCACCUUAAUCGAGUGUUGGGAAAUUGUAAUUUGACAUUUGAAGAGCUUUACACCGCAUUAACUAAAAUUGAAGCCGUCUUGAAUUCUCGUCCACUGACGCCAUUAUCUUCCGAUCAUGCCGAUUACAGUCCGCUCACGCCAGGACAUUUUCUUGUUGGGCGACCUCUCACUUCCCUAAGGCAACCUGACUUCAGCGAUUGCUCUGCCAACCGCCUAUCUCGCUUUCAACGCAUUGAGCAGCUGCGUCAGCAUUUCUGGCAUAGAUGGAGCAAAGAGUACAUUGCAGAAUUACAGCUGCGGACCAAGUGGCGUUCCUCGAAGGAUGCAUUACGGGUGAACACAUUGGUCGUGAUAAAGGAAGAUAACCUUCCUCCUUUGAAGUGGAGCUUGGGACGGAUUGUGGCUGUCUACCCAGGGAAGGAUGGCAUCGCUCGAGUAGCUGACAUAAAGACCUCCACCGGAGUCGUUCGACGCGCAUUUAACAGGAUCUGCCCGCUGCCGGUGUCUACGGAUUAAUUUGGUUGAAACCGUUGCUUUCAACGCCCGGGGGCAUGUUGAAGCGCCUAGCCGUUGCUUCAUAGCAACCUUUCCAACGGCCUAUUUAGGCUCGUAAUUUUAAGGAAGCAUAUUAAUGCACGUUAUGUCGUCACUUGCUCUUCAUCAUUUGCUCUGUUAACACCAAAAUUAUAUAUCUCCAUUGUUUGAGUAUU